AUGGCUACAGGCAGUGUCUCCAGCCUGGAAGCCAGUGGUAGCAGUAGUGGAAGCUCUAGGGACGAGAACAUUGAUCGGUUGUUCAAGAAUUUCACUUUUAAGUGUUUGCAGGUGAUAGUUCAGUCUAGGAUUGAGAAUCAGACACUUAAGUUGACCAGGGAAUCUUCAUUAGCAGAUUAUUUCUGUAUAACAAUUGCGGACAACCCAUCUAUAGAUGAACAGAUUAAGAAAGCUUUGGAAGGUGUGCGGUCCUUUCCUGUGAAGGAUCAGAGUAUCUGUGUGGAGAUCCCGCUGGUGACAAACGAUGGAGACCACAUGUAUCUGGAGGCCUGGGACCUCAGCUUCAACCUCAGUAGUCUGGACAUGUCAGCCAGUAAAAUCCAGCAUGUAUUCACCAGAAUGGGUGUCACAUUAAAGUCACUGUUGAGUGCUACAAGAGCCAUGCCAGCCUAUAGACUGGCAAAGAACCAGGGGGAAAAGGAUGGCGGUUACCGGUUAACUUACAGGUUUUAUCUAGGGAAGCCCCAAACUCAUUUACUGGGCGAAGGUUACAAAACUGUACGUGCUGGGUCGGUGCCAACUGCUCACGGUCUGUUUUCAAUCACCGUAUCAUUCCGUACGCAGCUCCUCUUGUCUCCAGACAUGGCGUCAUCACCGGCAGCAGCCAUUGAGAUGAAUGACAACUACUUCGUCAAAGAAUACCGACAUGCGUCAGUGGCAGCACUAGUGUCAGAUCCACAGUCAUGCUCUCCAUCUCAUAAAUACCAAAUGACAAGAUCUGACAGCCCUUCUCACUGUGUUAAUUCCUCCCACUUGUUGGAAAAGGGAGAGGUAGAAGCAGCAGGUGAUGGUGCCCUUUGGAUGCAAAAUAGUGCAUUUAUCAUGGAGGAGCUACCCGAGCCAGUCGUGGGAGCUUUCUCCAUUCAGAAGCCAAGUCACAGAAAAAUGGACUUUGAGAUGCCCUUUGAGGGUCUGAUGAAGAGAAGUAUCCUAGCUCGACAGGAGAUGCAAACUGGAGCUAGAGGCAGCCACGUGAAUGAUUGGGACCAAGACAGUGAUGUAGAGGGCAGCUGGGAGGAUGAGAAGAUCCGAGGGAAACCACGGGGUAAAAGUGAAGAAGAUAAAGAGAACUAUCCGUCCCGAUCACCAGAUGUCACAAGGCAGCAAAAUAUGUCAGUGGAGGACGAGUUUGUGAUGGUUGAUAAACCUCCAUUUGCAGCCGAUGAUGACCCACGAGACGUGAAAUCAUUCUUAAGCGUCAUGUUUCGACCAGCUAACCUGUACGACAUGCCAGGUGGUAAAAUAUCGGUCACUGACUAUUUAAAUGACGUUGAAGCAUUUGUCUCUAAGCUGGAGAAAGGCAUGCCGGAGCUGGAUGAGUUUUGUGAGUCGGUCAUCAGUGCCCACAGUCGGGAAGAGGAUGAGAGUCAUUCGCUGUUCAGUUAA